ACGGGCCUGCCUUGGCUCCGAUACUUACCACCAGCGCCCUUCACCCUCCCACUGACAAUGCGUGAGAAAGACUCAUUCCCCCGGAAGAUGUUGGUGGCGUCUGGAGGCCACAGCUCUCCGAAACAAGCGGCCGUAUACCCGCUCUCCAUCAGGGUACCCCCUGGAGACGAAAUGCCCUUCGAUCUCUCUCGGAACACGAGGUCACCAGGGCCUCAUAUGUCGCCGGCAAGUCGACCCCCCCAAGGCCCCCAAGACGCCGAGGAGCAGCCCCUGGACUUAAGGGUGGAGCACAAGAAAAUGUCUUUGAUGUUACUGCGACGGCAAGUGGAGGAUGAGAAUAGGAACUUGAUAUCUCCCACUCCUAGUGUGAGUAGUGAUAAAGACGAAGUGAUAGUGGAAGAGAGAAACAGUCCUGUUAGGAACAAUAACAGUGCUAGUACUAAUAACAGUAGUAGCAGUAAUGGUUUGCCAAAGACUUUCAGCCCCCAAUUAUCGAACUAUUCUGGUAUGCUGUUUCCUCCUCAACCUAUCCACCCCAUGAUGUUGGAAGUCAUGUAUCGCGCUCAAAAGGGAGAGAACCUGCCAAGACUUCCGAUACCUUACCCUAGCUCUCCCUCUGGGUACCCUCAAAGAUACCCCUUUGUCAAUCCCUCGAUGCUCAGUCCUCCAGUGAAUCAGGUACCUUUCGACAUGUUACGGAACCCGCCCACUCCUCAGACUCCAAAAGUUUUCGACCCCGCAGGUGGAAAGCUCAAAGACAGGUACGCGUGUAAGUUUUGCGGAAAAGUUUUUCCUAGGUCCGCUAAUCUCACUAGGCAUCUAAGAACGCAUACUGGGGAGCAGCCAUACAAAUGCAGGUACUGCGAGAGAUCUUUCAGUAUAUCGAGUAAUCUCCAGCGACAUGUCAGAAAUAUUCACAACAAGGAGAAACCCUUCAAAUGCCCGCUUUGUGAACGGUGUUUCGGACAACAGACUAACCUAGACAGGCAUCUGAAGAAGCACGAAGCUGACGGUCCGACUAUCUUGGAUGAGAGGAGUUUGCAGAGGAGGAACAUGACUGCUAGGAGCAUCAGCGAGGAGUCGUACUUUGAGGAAAUCAGGUCCUUCAUGGGAAAGGUUACUGAUGGCAGGUUGCUGCAACACUUGCAACCGCCAAAGCAGAUGCCAAACUUCCCCAUUAACUUACCAAAACUCUUCGAUUCUGGCAAGAUGGGCCAGGAGAAACCUAUAUCUCCUGAGGGCAGCAAGAGGGAUUCCUCUUACUUUUCAGAUAAGGAUAAUUAUUCUUCGAGAUCCUCAACCACGUCGGAAGCUUCGAAUAAGGAAGAGGACAUCGACUGCAAAAUGAAAUCGACUAUAGAAUGCAUGGAUCAAGACGUCGAAGACACGAGUGAUAACAAUAAUAAUAACACUUGA